UUCUUUGUCUAUCACGAAUCAUCCCAACAAUCACGCGCGUGCUACCCUACAGUCACUCGCAGGCGAGAAGCACACCAUCUAAUACGGUAGAUUUCAACGAAGAGCAAUCCAAAGCAUCGCUACCAUAACUGCCUGCGCCUGGACGUGUCCACCAGUCCACCGACUAGUCCAUCCAUCUCGCACCUCAACCAGGCCAACCCAACACCUUCCCAAUCGACACCGGCCUCGGCCCCCAACCUCCAAAAUGCAAGGCUUCAACAUGGGCAAAUACGUCCCCCCAGACGCCGAAGGCGUCGUCACCGGCAACCAGCUCAGCAAAAAGCACCCCCUCGGCGCCCGCGCCUCCAAGCUCGCCUCCCAGGGAAUCCUAACAGUGCGCUUCGAGCUCCCCUUCGCCGUGUGGUGCGACACUUGCCAGCCUCACCCCACCAUCAUCGGACAGGGAGUGCGGUUCAACGCGGCCAAGAAGAAAGUCGGCAAUUAUUAUUCUACGCCUAUCUGGAGUUUCACCAUCAAGCAUGCGGUCUGCGGCGGGGAGAUUGAGAUUAGGACGGAUCCGAAGAUGACGAGGUAUGUCGUUGUUAGUGGGGGACGGGCGAGGGAUUCCCCGAAAGAUGAGGAUAGUUUGGUGAAACUUGGGGAAGGAGGUGGUGGUAGUGGUGGGUUUGAGAUACAGACGGAAAAAGAGAGGCAGGAACAGAGGGAUGCGGCGUUUGGGAAGCUGGAGAAGACGAUUGCUGAUCGGGAGAGGGCGGAGGAUGCAAAGGUUAGGAUUGAUGAGUUGCUGGAUGCGCAAGAAAGGCAGUGGGAGGAUCCGUAUGCGAGGAAUCAGAAGCUGAGGAAGGCGUUUAGGGUGGGGAGGAAGGAGAGGGAAAAAGAGGCGGAGAGGACGGAAGAUCUCAAGGAGAGGAUGGGGUUGGGCAUUGAGUUGUUGCCGGGCACUGAGGAGGAUGAGAGGAGGGCGAGGUUGAUUGAGUUUGGGAGUGUGCCGGAUGGGCUGCCCUUUGGGAGGGAUGAUGUGGUGCAGAAGGCGUUGGCGAGGCCGUUGUUUGGGGGUGAUGAGAACGGGAAAAAGGAGGAGAAGAGUGGGAAGAAGAAGAAAGAUGUGUAUAAAGGGAAACUGAAGUCGGAGAUUGCUGCUACCAAGAUGCGAGAGGCGUUGGUCUCGGAGAUUGUUGGGAAUACUCGAGCGACUAAGGACCCGUUUCUCGACUGGGGGAGUAAGGAGUCGACACUCAAGCGGCGAGGAGCUUUGAUACCCGGGCUGAAGAGGAAACGGGCUGCUGGAGAGGAGACUCCCGAUCCACCACCCGUGAGAGCAGCAUCAUCGAUGACUGGUCCUAUUGCCGAAGGCAAGGAUGCUGGAUCAAGGGAUAACGAGGAGACCAAGAGCGACGAGAAGUUGCCAUCUGCGGCUCAGACGACAGCGGGUGGCUCAACUACACAAACGAGCAAACCCGGACUCGUGGCUUACGAUUCUGAUUCGGACUGAGUAAACAACGACGAGGAUGCAUUUACGGAGUUUUGGGUCUGGAUGGAUACAGCAUAGUUACCACAUCGGAGCGAAAUAGCAUUGUUUUGCAGCCUUAGAUUUUACAUGUUCAGUUUUACAGAUACGCAGAUGAAGAAGCGGCCUGGCGACGAUAAACCGCCAGGCCAGGAAGCACCCGACA